AUGAUUCUGUGGUUUAAACGAAUGUGGAACCAUUCAAUUAUAUUUAAGAAGGAUAAUGAAUUAACUAAUGCACAAAAAUGGGGGUUGGGACUUUUCAAUUUAGCUUCGGUAGUUAUCUUUUGGGUAAUGUCUUCAUUCUUAGUAAGUGAUCUUUUUGAAAGUGAUAUCUACCGGAAACCUUUCUUGAUAACAUAUUUGAAUACGGCAUGUUUCAGUUUUUAUAUAAUACCGUAUUUGAAGUUUGAAAAACUCAGUAUCAAGCAAUUUAUAUCCAUAGUAAGGAAAGAAUUAAAUGAAAAACGGAUCGAUAUAGAAGCGGCAUCCUACGGAUCUAAUGAUAGUGAUGAAAAUGUCGAACAAACCGAUACUGCAUCUUCACCUUUAAUGAAUCAUACGGAGAUAGUGGAAGGAGAAACUUUAGAAUCAAAUAAGAAUUUAGAUAUAGGGAUUUUAGAAACUAUCAAAUUAUCAUUAACAUUCGUUGCAUUAUGGUUCUCUGCCAAUUUAGUCACUAAUUCAUCAUUAUCAUAUACUUCAGUGGCAUCACAAACGAUUUUAUCAAGUACUUCAUCAUUUUUCACCUUGAUUGUAGGAUUUAUAUAUUCUGUGGAAAGAAUUAAUAAGAGUAAAAUUUAUGGAAUAAUACUAUGUUUUACUGGGGUUUUGAUAGUUACUAAUGAAGAUUCUGCCACUUCGAAUCCUACCAAUUCAACAUUGAUGGUUUUCAUUGGAAAUAUGUUAGCACUUUCAGGAGCUUUAAUUUAUGGGAUUUACACGAUUUUAUUAAAAGCUAAGACCAUUAUUAAGAACUCCCAUGUAGAAAGAAACUUGAAUGCCCAUUUGUUCUUUGCAUUUGUCGGUUUAUUUUGUCUUUUCCUUUUAUGGCCAAUAAUCAUCAUCUUACAUUUCACUGGUAUUGAAGAAUUCGCUUUACCUACAGAUCGUCAUACUUUAACAUUAUUAUUGAUCAAUAUGUUAAUCACUUUUGUUAGUGAUUUCUGUUGGUGUAAGGCAGUUAUCUUGACUAGUCCUUUAACUGUUACAGUGGGAUUAUCAUUAACCAUUCCUUUGGCUAUGGUUGGAGAUUGGAUCAUUAAACAAUUUAAGUUCAAUUGGAUUUAUGCUACAGGUGCUACUAUCGUCACCAUUGGGUUCUUAAUCAUCAAUCAAGAUGAAAAGAACGAUCAUGAUCGUAAUUUAUAG